AGCCCAAGACAUCAGGAUUCCACCUGCCAGCCAGACGCACAGACACGAUGGUCCGAAACGCACAAGCCCAGGCCAUCUGCCUCCUGUUACUCCUCCUGACCAGCCUGGCCAGCACCUCCACACUCCGACAACAGGCAAGUCAGCACACAGAAUUGCAGAGGCCGAGUACCGUGGCAGCCACAAGCCAGACAGACAAGAAGCCGGUGGAGCGGAGACUCUGGAAGCGGGACGCCCACUUUCCCAUCUGCAUGUUCUGCUGCAACUGCUGCGGCAAAACCUGUGGGUUCUGCUGCAGGUCUUAGGGACCAGCACCCUCCAUGCCCCAGUGUACCUCGUUUCAGUCCACUGCUCUCCAGCUCCAUGAAUGUCUCCAAAUAAAAUGUCUGUCUGUCUUUUCCAA